AUGACCGAGAAGGACAGAGAGAAUUUUGAUGGCCUUGCGCUGGAUGCCUUGGAUGACGCCUGCACUUUGGCUUCAGUGUGCCUAGAAGGGCGUCCUUCUGCCGAAAUCAAGAACGAUGUGACGGAGUGGUGGGACAAUGUGGGUGCUGACCUGCUGUUGGGUCCUCGUGACAUGAAUGAGGAUGAGGAGAGCGAUGGAGAAGAUGUUGAAGAUGGCCCUGAGCCUGUUGCGAAUGAGAAAGAUCCGGACACCGUGAGUGAAUCCUUUCAAAUGGUUGAGACAGACAUGCACCUCACCCGUGCCCUCAUCAAAGCCAACGGCGAUUUGGAGCAUGCAACUGACGCCGUUGAGGUUCCAGACUCAGAGCUUCCCCCAGGCCCAGUAGGUGAUUCAGAUUCGGAAGUAGAUGAGCCUAUGCAGAAGGAAUCUAGAGUUGAUGCAGAGGUUACAACUCUGAGACACAUCCUUCAGAAGAGUGGCUUCUCUACCUUCAUGCCUCCCGCAAAGGAUUCUGAACAGAACGUCUUCAAGCGCGUGAGCAAGCUGAGGCCUUACCUGCAUGCGUUUGCGUGCAUGGUCCGGGUUGAGGAGAAAAUCCUCAGCAAGGCCAAGGUAAUUGGGAAGUUGAAGCCUAUGCCUCCUCAGCAGCAGUACGAACAUGACUUAGCCAACGCACGUGCAGAGUUUCACUGCAGUGCAUCUCGGCAAUCCCGCCACAGCUUGUGGUGUGAUUUCAGCAGCAGGGUGAUUCAGGCAGCCAAGACGGCAGAGGAGCAAGACGAAGAUGGAUUGCCUCACCCAGUGAAAGAGAUUAAGUACCUGAUGCCAAGUAGCAGCAAAAAUGAAGCAGGCCACAGACAGUGCCAGAUUGUGGUUAUCAGACCUUCCCUGGCAGCAGGCAUGGUGACUCAUGCAUUUCGAGGCGGCAAAUCCCAGAAAUCAAGUUCCAAGCAAUUCUUGUGGGGCGACGGCGCUUUGCCCAUUGCAAAUUGCACGACAGUGCACUGCAAGUUGCUGGUGCCACAGGAGACUGCUGACAAGGGUUGGGAGCUGUGCGUAGCCAGUGCCCUGACACCCACCAUGUGCCUGGAUCCACACAGCGGAGCUUUGUUGAUGGAAGUGUCGCCUGGGUUUUUCAAGACCAAGUACGGACCAGACUACGUCCGUGUCUUGAUUUCCCACGAGGCUAUCAGGGCUGUCUCCCGUGUGAUGAAAGCGAACUUGGCCUUUGAUAGCAGCAAGAAGGCUCAGGCACAGACCAACACCAAAACAUAUUUUGGUGAAGAGGAUUUCACCAGGAGCAGCUCAGGACUCAAGAACAUUGUGAAAGUCUUGAACCAGAUGAAAGAAGAUUACACCACCCAUUGCGGGUCCUUGUUUGGCAAGAACGGCUUCCUCAAGCUUCGCAGUGACAUCACAGAGGUCACAUGGGAGCAAAUUCAGGCUCGCAUUGGCUCAUAUUUUCGCCGCUACGUCAAGGGCCAUGAUCACUGGAAGAAGUUGACUCCAGAAUAUCAGGCCAUGCCGUACGGUCUCCUGGUUCUCAAGGAGCUUCGAGCUGUCUCUCCUCAACCAGGAGACGACGCGGCCAAGUUUCGUAGAUGGUUGAUCAAAGCCGCUGGAGUGGAGGUCUUUGAGGAUCCUCCAUUAGUCCAGAGCUCGUUGGACACCGACCACAGACGCACGAGCCGCGCGUUCGAGAACGCGGUGGCGUUGCAAAACUUGUUCUCCCAACGUUUGACGCCCUGCUGCACCGGGUGUUUGACCCCGCUGGGCAGCUUCGAAGAGCACCUGCAGCAGAUCCUCCGCAACGCCCAGCCGUUCGAGCGCGAGGAGGCGCAAACGUGCACGCUGCUUUCUUCAACGAGUGCCCUGGCAGCGGAUCAGCUGGCGUGGAUUUGGUGCCGGAAGUGGCCGGCAGGAGGCUCGCUCCGCGGCCCCGCGGGGGCACCGUGCAGCCGGUCCUCGGCCGGUCCGAUGCCCAACGGCGGAGGUUUCGAUUGGAUCAACCCCCCACGCCCCGAGGCCUUCAUGGAGGCUUGA